CUCUCCCGAAAGGAGAAGGAGAAGGAGAAGGAGAAGCAGCAGGAAGAGGAGCACGACGGGAAGGAAGGAAGUUCCCCUGUCUCUCUCUCCUCUCUCUCUCUCUCUCCCCUCUGCGCCUUUCCUUCUCUGUCAGAUCUCUUUCGCCAUUGAUUCACGUCUUCCUUUCUUCCUCAGAUCGAACCGUCCAUCUCUACACCCCAUUUAACCCCUGAAUUGACCGAGAAAUUGCCCCCCUCAGCCACCAUGAACGACUUCGAAGGCCUCUUGUCCUCCGAAUUCGGCUUCAAACCCCAGGGCAAGUCCGCCCCAAUGGCCUCCUCCAGUCGAUCCGCCUCCACUGCCGUUAACUUCGAUCUCGGAUCUCACUCCUCCACCUCCUUCCCUGAUUCGAUCUUCAACUCUAAACCCACCAAUAAUUCCCACACUCUCGACGAUCUCGGGGACAUAUUCGGCGGCUCAGCGAGGCGUGCGGGGAAAUCGGAGAGCGCCAGAGUCGAUUCCUCCUACGAUUUCGAAUCGAUGUUCAACUCGAGCUCCAAGCCGGAUUCCAGCAUGCCGGUCUACGAUAAGCCUGUUUACGAUGACGACGAUGACAUCUUCGAGGGCGUGCCCGGGAUAAAGAGGUCGUCUUCUUCCGGUGUGAAAUACGGUAACUUGUUCGAGCAGACUUCGAGCACUUCUCCUCCUGCAGGAAGAAGUACUGCUACCAGUGGAUUCGAUGAUCUGUUGGGAGGGUUCGGAAACAGCGAGAGUCAAUCAAGGAGUAAGGAGGAUGAUCCGGCGAUGCCUGCUUCCGAUGACUUGAUUCCUGGGUUCGGAGGGACUAGUCCUACUGAAAGGCCAAAUCUCAAGCCCACUUGGUCUUCAGAACCCAUGGCUACCUCAGCUAAAACAAUGGAAGAUCCCUUUGUGGCUUCAGAGUCUGCAUCCUCCCCUGCUGUCUCAUUUUCUGGAGUAUCCCCUGAACCAUUGGAGGAAUUUAAUAUGUUCGGUAAAUCUGGAAGCACAAAAGAUGGCGCUCGUUCUGUCCCUAGCGGAGUAGUAAUUGAUGACUUGGACCCCUUUGAUGGUUUAGGAAAACCUGUACCUCCAUUUUCACCUGAGAACAGUAUCAAUGGGAAUGAUAGAAACCAUUUGAGGACAGAGCACAGCAACAGUGGGAGUCAACAUUAUAAUGGCAGAGAACAAUCUGAUAAAGUUUCACAGAACACUGUCCCCGCCUAUGAUGAUCUUGAAUCUCAUCCCACCUUUUUCGACGCGUCUUCGGCUACUGGUAGUUUUUCUACUUCUGUUCAUUCACAUGAGAAGCACAGUUCAAAUGAGGCAAAUAUUCCAGCAGAUAUGUCUCCUGGGUAUGAAGAGAACAUUGAAUCCUCUGAUGAGGUUUGGCUGACAGUAUCUGAGAUUCCUCUUUUUACCCAACCAACUAGAAUGCCACCACCUUCCAGGCCUCCUCCUCCACGACCAGCUCGGGCACCAAAGUUUGGGAGCAGUUCUUUCGAUUCUACCAGUUUUAAGAAGGGCAAUGAGAUCCCUCACUUUGCAAAUUCCUCCCAGCAUUAUGGGGGGGCCAACUCAAUUCCCCAAGCUAGAACAGCUACCAUAGAGGAGUUAGAAGAUUUUGCAAUGGGAAGGAGUAAUGGAAGUAACAUUGAUGGUCAUGUUAACUGGGCUUCCAGUGAGGAACUGGACUUGAACUCAGAUGCUGCCGCAUCUGCUGCAGCUAUGAAGGAGGCUAUGGAUAGAGCUGAGGCUAAAUUUAGGCAUGCAAAGGAAUUGCGGGAGAGAGAGAGUACUAAGGCUGCUAGAAGUAGAGAAUCAGUGCAACUGGAAAAGGAUGAGAAUUGGCUAGAAGCUGAGGAGAGAGCUCUCGGGGAAAAGCAGGAGAGGUUAGAGCAGGAAAGGCUACAGAGGGAAAGGGAAGAGCAAGAGAGGGAAAGGAGGAGAAUUGAGAAAGAGAGGGAAAGGGAAGAGAUGGAAAAAGAACAGCGGAGGCUUGAGAAGGAAAGAGAGAGGGCAAGGGCCAGACAAGUUGUUGAAAGGGCUAACAGGGAAGCGCGCGAAAGAGCAGCUGCUGAAGCUCGGGUAAAAGCUGAAAGGGCUGCUGUGGGGAAAGCAAAUGCUGAAGCUCGAGAACGUGCAGAAAGAGCUGCAGUUCUCCGGGCCCAGGCCGAAGCCCGUGAAAGGGCAGCAGCCGAAGCAAGGGAAAGAGCUGAAAGGGCAGCUGCAGAAGUAAGAGCGAGGGAAGCACAGGAAAGGGCUACUGAAGCAAGGGCUAGAGCAGAAAAAGCUGAAAAGGCAACUGCGGAAGCAAGGGAGAAGGAAGCACGGGAACGUGCUGCUGAAGCAAGGAGGAGAGCAGAACGAGCUGCUGUUGAAAGAGCUGCAGCAGAAGCACGAGAACGAGCGGCAGCAGAGGCUCGAGACAGAGCUGCUUCAAGUGCAAGGGCAAAACAGCAAAGCAAUGAUAAUGAUCUUGAAUCGUUCUUCAGCAUGGGUAGAGCAAGCAGUGCACCACGGCCCAGGGCCAAUUAUUCAGAUCCUAUGGUUGAUACACAGUUCCCUAGUAAAAAAGGGCCUGAAGUUGCACGGACCUCAGAUUCAACUCCAAACAUGAGAAAAGCGUCCUCGCCUGCUAAUAUUGUUGACGAUCUUUCAUCAAUUUUUGGAGGUGGCGUUCCAAUAUCUGGAGAGUUCCAGGAAGUUGAAGGGGAAAGUGAAGAAAGAUGCAGAGCAAGAUUAGAGCGCCAUCAAAGGACUCAGGAGAGAGCGGCAAAAGCACUGGCAGAAAAGAAUCAGCGCGACCUUCAAGCUCAGAGAGAACAAGCUGAGAGACAUAGGAUUGCCGAGUCAUUGGAUGUUGAGAUCAAGAGGUGGGCUGCUGGAAAAGAGGGGAACUUGCGCGCUCUGCUUUCAACUUUGCAAUAUGUGCUCUGGCCUGAAUGUGGGUGGCAGCCUGUUUCCUUGACUGAUUUGAUUACUGCAGCUGCCGUGAAAAAAGUAUACAGAAAAGCCACUUUGUGUAUUCACCCUGAUAAGGUUCAGCAGAAGGGUGCCAACCUCCAGCAGAAAUACGUCGCUGAAAAGGUCUUUGACCUGCUCAAGGAAGCUUGGAACAAGUUAAAUUCAGAGGAAUUAUUUUGAGUUAUUGCGACCAUUCUUCCACUCACAAGUUGCUGCACUCGAUGGAAGCAUCAUUUUUCUGGUGGUAACUCUUGUAUCAAGAUAAGAGCCAAACGUUCCAGAAGAAAUUUAUUUCUCUUCAGCCUAUAUAUUGAGUUGAAGUUCAGAGAUGAUAUAGGACGUGGGGUGUGUUGUUCUCUUGAUAUGAGUUCCGAGAUGCCAUUGCUUCUUGUAGAAUUGAGGCUAUCAGGGGGAGGUGAAGUAUUUGGGUUAAAUUAGCGGUUGAGAAGGUGGAUUUUGUGUAGAUUAGCAUACAAUAGCAGUGAUCCAGCUCAAGAACUGAAUUUUUAUUCUUUUGAAGUUUUUCUUUUCUUUCCAUAUUGUUGUUCUUCCCCCCACUCAGUUUGUGAUAUAGCUUGAUUUUUUUUCCUGAGUACAGUCACUUGUAUUUUUGAAUUAAGUUGUUAUAUAAAAAUGCUAUAGUAUUGAGAUGAGA